GUUCAUGGCAAAAAUGGAACAAGUUCACGGGGCGCUGCAAAAGUCUCUCAAGCAAAACCAUGUGUUACAAAAGGAGAAACAGAACAUGGAGAAGGAUGUUUCGGAACUCCAGCAGAAGUAUGCAGAAAAGGCACGGUAAGACCAGUAGAUUUCACAUCACAUUACGUUGCUUCUCUCAAGCAGCGGCAGAUAAUUUGCUGUGGUUAUGCAGCCAAAAACGAAAGCUUGAAGAGAUGUACGAGUCGUUGAGGGGCGAGUAUGAGUCCCUUAAGCAAGGAACGCCAGGCUUAGCGCGCCCUUCGACUGCUCGAGUGAGAGCACAAGCUGCAUAUGUUCCUACACCUGACAGUAUGGAGCUUGGGAGAAAGAGGCAGAACCAAG